AUAUACAAGAUCAGUUAGUGUCGACAUAGACAUAGCAUUGCGAAGAAAUGUUCCUUGGAAUAUUAUUAGCCGGUCUCCUGGCCAUCUCCUGCGCGGCAGAGUAUUCUGUCCCUGAGCCAAAGUUCCAUUUGCUUAAGCCCAGAGGAUUUAGAGUUUCGAUACCCGACGAAGCAGGAAUCAAAUUAUUCGCGUUCCAUGGAAAUCUGAACAAGGAAUUGGAGCAGAUGGGAAACGGACAGUUCUCCCAGGAUAUAACGACGAAACGGAACGGGAAAUGGAUCUACGAAAACAAGAAGAUGAAGCUGAGGAACGGAGACGCGAUUUACUACUGGAUAUUCGUGAUCAAGAAUGGGGAAGGAUUCACCUACGAAAACGGAACUCACAUUUGCAAAACAAUUUUCGAUACUGGGAAAGGAUCAGGAAGCUUGAAGAAGAUGCAUGCUCACUAUCAUCACAAAGAAAAAAGAAGUCCAUCGUGGCAAAGGUUUGAUGAUGGUCCACAUUUUUACCAUAAUCCUUACUCCGCUUUUCCUAUCUUCCCUGGACAUAGAAAUGGACAUUUUAAUGAUUUUCAUGACCAUGGCAGGUUUAAUCACCAUGGCAGGUUUCCACACCGUUUUCACAAUAAUGGCCACCAUAAUCACCAACGCUAUCAUCAUAAUCAUGAUAACGAAGAUUGCAGCAAUAGUGAAGAUUCGGAUUAUUCCGAUUACGAUAAUAGCCCCGAAAAUGAUCAAACAACGGCGAGAGUGCCAACAACAAAUCAAAGAAUUAUAAAACCAUCAUCAACGACAACAACAACAACCACACCAAUUCCAACGACAACUCAAAUGGCAACAACAAAAAGUACUACCCAAAUUCCAACGACACCUGUAACAACAACUACAACAACAUCAUUUCCUAGGAUUGAUAUUAGAUUCGGUGAGAAGUAGAUUGGCAUCAUAAGUUUAAAUGACGAAACAUUACACGAUCUCUUACAUAAAAGUGAAACAUACAUUUAAUGAAACUCAUGUUAGAAGCAGAUGUUAGUUUUUAUACAUUUUGUAGAUAAGUAUUUUAGUUAGUUAGAAUGGUAUGUAAUUUAAAAGGCCUACUUUAAGAAUUAAUAAAAUAAAUUAUUACGACAAAA